CCUAUAGUAAUUAGACCGUCUAAAGUCUCCUUUUCCUUGUCUCGCGAUAAAAGUCCUAAAUCACCCCAUAUUCUUCCCCCACGCCUUCCAAACCUACCGCUCUCGAACUCUCCAUUAUCAUCUUCACCCUAGAAAUGGCCGCCAAUACGGAGAAUCUCGCCACUGCCACCAGUCCUCUCCAAGACAAUCCUGGCAAAACCCUAAACGAUACAGUCCCUCCCCUCGCCAAGCCAGAUCGUGUCGAGGAUUCCACCAUCACCUCCCCAUCCGCCGUUAAUUCAGACGCAAACGCUCUUAAGAAGGACGGCGAGGAUUCGAAGAGCAGCAAGGGUACAUCAGUUAGCUCGCGUUCAGGGGAUACCGCCCCAGUUUCUGACACAGAAAAGAAGAUCCGGCGCGCCGAGCGCUUUGGAAUCACUGUUCAGUUGUCUGAGGAAGAGAAACGCAAUUCUCGAGCUGAAAGGUUUGGCACUGGGGUCGCAUUAAAGACAUCGGAGCAGUUGAAGAAGAAGGCUAGAGCAGAAAGGUUUGGACUUCCUGUGACCGCUGAUGAGGACGCAAAGAAAAAAGCUCGACUUGAGAGAUUUGCACCAAUUUCUAAGGCAGAUACACAGGAAGAAGAGAAAAGGAAAGCAAGAGAUAUCAGAUUUUCACAACCUUCGUCAAAUUCUCUGUCAAUGAAUGGCAAGGGAAAUAUUGAGCCUCAGAAGGCAGCUAUUGCAGGCAAGGCUGGUGGAGGAUCCUGAAAAGAGAGGGCCUACUUAAGUAUUAGGUCUGGCAUUCUAACUAAUGUUUCCCUCAGUGGCUUCCAUCACUAUCUUUAUUUUCCGGCAUGAACUCCGAUGCAGCAGCAUUCAUUGUUAGAUAGAUAAUUGUCUACAGGGCAUAGGACAAUAUUUUUGUGAUACAAGGAGGAAUUUUUCCAGGUUUCAGAUGCAUCACAUAUCAAUUUACUUAAUGAGGCCUAAAGUGAUCAACAACCACCUUUGUUUGUUAACAUAUCUUAAAAUAUGCUAGAAAUAUCAGAAAUUCUGUGUUUUCACUAAUUAAUUAUGUGUCUUCAUCAAGCCCCAAAAUUUGCACAAAAUAUUUAAUGGUUGCUUGUUCUCAUUUUACAACUCCUGUCACAAUGACAUGUGACCUGCGUCUCAUUCUUAUAUAUAGUUGCACUUUCAUGAUCCAUCAGAAAACAUCAGUAUUAAGUAGCACUAUCAACUUGAUAUUUCAAAUGUUGGGCUUGCAAAUUCCUUGGUAACUGGGGAUGACUUGCUUUGUUUUUGUUUUUGAUUUUGCUUUUUUGUUUUUUGAUUUUUGUUUUGUGUGUGUUAAUUAGGAAAUAGGGGAUGACUUGUAAAUUUCCUAUUUAAUGAUAGAAUGGGUAAUUGAGCUUGCAAAUUCCUUCGUAACAAGAACUUGGAGUUGUAAAUAGUAGAAGUUGAAAAUAUAAGACCAUAGCCAUCUUAGAACCCUACUGGUGCAGCAAACAUUAGAAAUGCAUUCAUGAGAUAUACAAAGCAUGCAUGUAGUUUUUGUCCUAGGUCAACUUGACUUUAGCCUUACAUUUGUUUCAGAAGUCUCUUUUGUUUUGUUUAUUUAUCUUUUCUAUAUCAAACUUUGGCAUUGGAGUAGAAGAUAUAAUUUACUAAUCAUGAAUUGGGUGAGGUUGUUUUAACUCUAGUAGAUGCUUCUGUGUUUUCAUGGAAUCAAAAUAAUAGUCACUUGGUAUGAAAAUGCACGUUACUUAACUACUAUUGUUAGAAGCUUGAUCAUGAGGUACUUGUUUGGAAAUGGCAUGUUUGACAUGGGUUGAAUAUACUUAAAGCUGUCAACAAAAUGAACUUUUUGUGCUAACUAUUGAUCAUCAGUUGAGAUAUGGGAUACGAAUUUGACGAUGUGUAAUUUAUUGCCUCAGAAGUUCUGAUAUUCCUAGUUGGUAUUUUGAGAGUAGUAAACAUUACAAAGGUGGUCUUGAUUUCCUUUUGGCCUCAACAGUAAAUUGUAGCUUCAAAGGUAGGGUUUUGGGAACAGAGAAUACUUUGGUAAUGCAGGAUCAUUAUUUACCUGUGUAAUUUUUAGUAUUUUGGUUUGAAGUGCUUUGUUAUUAAAUAUUGAACGCAGUAUUUCAUGCUUUUAUAGAAGUAAGAUAUUUUGGGAUGGAA